GAAGUAGCGGGUCGUCACUAGUUACCAUAGCCACAAAGUGGUAAACCUCGUCCAUUUCUACAAUUUAUCUUCUUAAAAUGUGAUCUUAAACCUAACCCACUGCUAACCUUAUGCCUAACCUUAAAUUAAGACCAAAAGGGAACAAAAGAGAUUUGUACAAUUUCGACUUUGUGGCUGUGGUAACUAGUGGACACCGACGUAAUGUGACGCCAUGAUAACAUCCGGUGAGUGACCUGGACUGCUCCGUCCUCCAACAUCAAAUUCAUCAUCUAACAGUGGGUCAUACCAGUUCAAGAGCAUAAACGUCAUGGUUUUCGAGGAGAAAAUGAUCCUGAACGGGGAACCUGAAGAUGAAGAGGAGGAAGAAGAGGAGGAGGAAGAUAUGGUGGACCCCCUUGAGGUUGUGCGGGACAAGUGUGCGCAGGCAGAGCACUGCGUCCACGCCAGGGCGAAACUGGAGGACUGUGAAUCCAGGGUCGGCUCCAAGUCCGAAACCAGAGAGGACUGCACCGAGGAGCUUUUCGACUUCCUCCAUGCGCGGGACCACUGUAUGAACGUGGUACCUUCAGACGUUUGGAAAUUGCUCCCAAGGAUGAACCAGGUCUUGGCUGAUUUCUUUAGAUUUUCCCAUGAUGUCAAGCAAAGAGGCACUGAGUUUGAAGGUGGCUCACAAAGUCUUUCAUUCUGUCAAGUAAAGUCCCUCCAGCUCCCUGCACUACUGGUGGAAGUUCCUUGUCAGAUAUAGACAACUACCAUUUAACUUAAGUGACACGUACCUGGUUUUAAAGGAUUCCUCUGAGUCUAAGUUGUAACCUCAUACACACUGUAUCUGUUCAUGUGAAUAAAUUAUAAAUGAAGUGUUGAA